AUGGCGCAAUUCGAUCUCGACAAGCAUGGCGCCAUGGAUGUUAUCUUUGCUGGGGGAGGAACUGCUGCUUGUGUUGCUGCCGGACGACUUGCCAAGGCAAACCCGGAUCUGAAGAUACUUUUGAUAGAAGGAGGGCCGAACAACUUCCAAGAUCCGACAGUAGUCCAUCCAGCUGCAUAUCUAACCCACUUGGCCCCUGAAAGCAAAACCGCUCUAUUUUACAAAGCCAAACCGUCAAAGUACCUCAAUGGCCGCGAAGCCGUGGUACCAACAGGUGGGAUUCUCGGCGGAGGCUCGUCUAUCAACUUCAUGAUGUAUACCCGUGCCCAAGGCGUUGAUUUCGAUAGCUGGAACACGGUCGGAUGGAACGCCCGUGAGAUAAUGCCCCUAUUGAACAAGCUUGAGACAUUUCAACAAGGUGAGAGUGCAAUCAACCAGAGAAGACACGGACACGAGGGACCAAUCCAUGUCUCAUCUGGCGGCUUCAGAAGCAAGAGCGAGCACGUUUUCAUGGAUAGCAUUAAGGCAAUGGGAUUCAAGGAGAUCGUAGAUCUUCAAGAUCUGGACCAAGUGGGGGGUUUUUCGAGAUGGCAGCGAUAUGUUUCGCUCGACGGAAAGAGACAAGACGCCGCCCAUUGUUACAUCCACCCCCGUCUUCGAGACGGCAAACAUCCAAACUUGCACAUCUUGGUCCAUUCAAAGGUCGUCCGUGUCAUUUUCGACGAACAGGCGGUCCCUCCGCGCGCGAUUGGAGUUGAAUAUCAAACUGACCCGGAACACCAACCCGCUCUUUCGCUCUCAAAGCCGACUUUGCAAUUCAUUAGAGCUGCAAAGCUCGUGGUCGUCUCUGCAGGGGCUCUGGGAAGCCCUCAGAUACUGGAGCGUUCUGGCAUUGGGAACUCACAGUUAUUGGAAGGCCUGAAGAUCAAGGUCAUUAGCGAUUUGCGCGGCGUGGGAGAAAACUAUCAAGAUCACCACCUGGUAUUAUCUUCGUACACGUCGAACUUACCUCCAACGGAGACACUCGAUGAGUUGUUCAGUUCACGGAAGAGUUUUGCGACUGCGAUACAGGAGAAAGACCCUCGAAUGGGAUGGAAUGGCAUCGACAUUGCGUCGAAGCUUCGAAUGACUGAUGAAGAGGUCAAGCUUCUCGGCGCUGACUUUGAGGCCGAUUGGAAACGCGACUUUGCGCCUCAUCCGACUCGUCCGGUGAUGCUCUGCGGCGUCAUCAACGCGUUUCUGGGUGAUGCAGCGACUGUUGAGCCCGGCCAAUAUUUUACUGUCGGAACUUAUACCGCGUACCCCUAUUCUCGCGGCUCGAUACACAUCAACUCCGCCAAUGACACCGUCUGCGGGUAUGAUUGCGAUGAAACCGGCGAAGCAAGGUGGUGUCGUGGAUGA